UUGCGUUUGUGUCUCGAAGCAGUGACUUGUAGGCUCAACGGCAACAUUCACCAUGAAGUUCUUCAUUCCUUUGGCUUGCCUGCUGGCAGUACUGACGCCAGCUCUCGGUAGACGGAUUGUCGGCGGGUCAGAGUCCGUACCGCACAGCCGACCAUACCAGGUGGCUCUCUACACUGACCCCAGUGGUAGCUACCAGUAUUGCGGCGGUACACUAGUCCACCAACGAUGGGUCGUUUCAGCUGGCCACUGCAGGAUGCGACCACAUACCUACGUAGGUUUGGGAUACCACGAUAAGUACAACCACAGCGUGGCGGGUCAGCAGUUACUCAAGGGUAGAUGGUUUCGCCAUCCCAAUUUCCACAGUGGCACCUUUGAUAAUGACAUCGCCUUGAUCAAACUGGGCAAAAAUGCCGACCUCAGCAGCUCGAAGAUCGCAACCAUUGCAAUCGCCAACAAACAGCCUGCUGCACAGACUAAACUGCUCGUGAGCGGAUGGGGAACCAUAUCACUGGGAGGGUCAAGCUCAGAUGCACUGAGGGAAGUGGUGGUUAAAGUUCAGACCCUGACCCACUGCAGAAAGGCCCAUGAUCCUGUAAUUGUCACAGACAACAUGUUUUGUGCAGCUGCAAAAGGAAAAGACUCCUGCCAGGGUGACGACGGUGGCCCAAUUGUCAGCGGCUACGGAGAUGGCACCCACGACCCCGGCACCACCCUGGAGGGUAUUACCAGCUGGGGUAACGGCUGCGCUAUUUCUAGAUAUCCCAGCGUUUACAUUGCCGUCGGCAACUACUGUGACUGGAUCAAGACAGUUACUAAUAAUGCUGUCCAGUGUGCAAGUUAGAGAGGGAUCCGAUUGAUGGACUCGCCGCUGAUUGCAACGACUGAGAUCUUAAGGGAACUCUGAUGCGUGAGCUCUCGGCAUUUGACUACCGUCUUAAACAAAUGGAACGGAAAGAGUUUACUUAAGACAUCAAAAUACAAUGUAAACUUUCGCCAAUGCAGUUUGAAACAAAUCAUUAAAACGUAUAGAAUGAAGAAGUGAAUUGUACACAGUUAACUACAAGUUAUCUGUCACCUUUCAAGACUUGCGGUUUCUUUGAAAAACAACUGAUAUAAAAGGGUGCUCAAAAUCAAUGUAAUUAUACAAAAAAGCUGAACUGCGGGACCUUUUGAUUUCUCUUCCGACUGCUUUUAUCAAAACAAAACAUAGCUGAAGUCUCCGGUCUCCAAAGUGUCUAAAUACUUGGAUAACGACUUCACAAGAUUGAAUCUUACAAACCAGGAUCCAAGCCUUAGUGCAUGCUGAAUUAAAUUUUUGAUUUGAAUAAACUAUUAAAACUAACACAAAG